ACGCCGCGCCCCGCAGGCGCCAAGAUGGCAGCGCUGACGGGCGGAGGGUGGCCGCUCUGGGGGCCGCGGGAGCCGGAGCGGAGCCGCCGCGGCUGAGCCCCCGAGCCGCCCUCGAGGCGGGCGCACGGCUGCCGGGCCCCAGGUCAUGGUGCGAUCCGCGCCGCGCCGCCGCCGCCGCCGCCGCUGAGCUCGCGGGCCGCGCCGGGCUCGGACGUGGGAGCGGGAAGAUGUUUUCCGCGCUCAAGAAGCUGGUGGGAUCGGAGCAGGCUGCCGGCCGCGACAAGAACAUCCCCGCCGGGCUGCAGUCCAUGAACCAGGCGCUGCAGAGGCGCUUCGCGAAAGGCGUGCAGUACAACAUGAAGAUAGUGAUCCGAGGAGACAGGAACACAGGCAAGACCGCGCUGUGGCACCGUCUGCAGGGCAGGAAGUUUGUGGAGGAGUACAUCCCCACGCAGGAGAUCCAGGUCACCAGCAUCCACUGGAACUACAAAACCACUGAUGAUAUUGUUAAAGUGGAAGUCUGGGACGUAGUCGACAAAGGAAAAUGCAAAAAGCGAGGCGAUGGCUUGAAGAUGGAGAACGACCCCCAGGAGGCGGAGUCCGAGAUGGCCCUGGACGCCGAGUUCCUGGACGUGUACAAGAACUGUAACGGGGUGGUCAUGAUGUUCGACAUCACCAAGCAGUGGACCUUCAACUACAUUCUCCGGGAGCUUCCCAAAGUGCCGACACACGUGCCUGUGUGUGUGCUGGGGAACUACCGAGACAUGGGCGAGCAUCGCGUCAUCCUGCCUGACGACGUGCGCGACUUCAUUGACAACUUGGACAGGCCCCCAGGCUCCUCCUACUUCCGCUAUGCUGAGUCCUCCAUGAAGAACAGCUUUGGCCUGAAGUACCUUCAUAAGUUCUUUAAUAUUCCAUUUCUGCAGCUUCAGAGAGAGACGCUGCUGCGGCAGCUGGAGACAAACCAGCUAGACAUUGACGCCACGCUGGAGGAGCUGUCAGUGCAGCAGGAGACUGAGGACCAGAACUAUGACAUCUUUCUCGAGGUGAUGGAGGCACGCAGCCGCGGCCACGCGUCCCCACUGGCAGCCAAUGGGCAGAGCCCGUCCUCGGGCUCCCAGUCUCCAGUGGUGCCUCCCAGCGCCAUGUCCACAGGGAGCUCCAGCCCCAGCACACCCCAGCCGGCCCCGCAGCCACCCCUCCAUGCCCCCUCAGCCUGCCCCUCCCCCCCAUCCCCACCAGAGGUCCUGCUGCCCCCUGCACCCCCCGCGGUCCCUGCCCCGCCCCCGAGGCGCAGCAUCAUCUCCCGGCUGUUUGGAACCUCACUGGCUGCCGAGGUGGCCCCUUCUUCCCCAGAGCCAGCCACAGCUGCAGAGGCCCCAGCAAAAGUCCAGAAUGUGGAGGAUUUUGUUCCUGAAGACAGCCUUGACCGCAGCUUCCUGGAGGACACAGCCCCCCCAAAGGACGAGAAGAAAGUUGGAGCCAAGGUUGCUCAGGACAGCGACAGCGAUGGGGAGGCCCCAGGAGGGAACCCGAUGGUGGCAGCUUUCCAAGACGACGUGGACCUUGAAGAUAAGCCGCCUGGCCGGCCCCUGCUGCCCACAGGCCCUGUCCCCAGGGAAAACAUAACUCUUUCCAGUGAGGAGGAAGCAGAGGAGGUGGCAGGGCACCCCAAUGCCACUGUCCUGGCUCCCCAGAAGUGCUCUGAGCCAGAAACCAAACGGUCCUCCACAAAGGCCUCAAGGCCGCACAGGGGCGCAGCUCCCAGGGCUGCGGAGCCCCACUGGCCAGGUAGCACCAAGCCCCCAACAAAGGGCUCUCAAGGGCAGGAGGAGGGGAAGGGCGAGCAGGCAGUGUCAUCAGAGAGUGAUCCCGAGGGGCCCAUCGCUGCCCAGAUGCUGUCCUUCGUCAUGGACGACCCCGACUUCGAGAGUGACUCGGACAUUCAGCAGAGAGUGAAUGAGUUUCCAGUGCGAGAGGACCCCUCUGACGUGACGGACGAGGACGCCAGGCCUGCCCAGCCGCCCCCACCUCCCAAGCCCCCCAUCCCCUCCUUCAGACUGAAGAACGACUCGGAUCUCUUCGGGCUGGGGCUGGAGGAGACGGGCUACAAGGGGAGCAGCGGUGAAGAUAAGGAGGGCAGGCCUCCCUUGAAGGAGGAGAAGAAGAAGAAGAAGAAGAAGAAAAGCAAAGAGGAGGAAGAGAAGGCGGCGAAGAAGAGGAGCAAGCACAAGAGGAACAGAGACAGAGAGGAGGGCCGGGAGGAGCGGCGGCGGCGGCGCGGCACCGAGAAGCCGAGGACGGCCGUGGACGAACUGGAGGCCUUCCUGGGGGGCGGGGCCCCGGGCGGCCACCUCCGCGGGGGCGGGGACUAUGAGGAGCUCUAGGCCUGGCCGCCAAUGACUGGGGCCGGGUGGGGCGACACGCCCGCCACGGUUUG